GUCGUACUAUUUCGGCGACUGGCGUAUCACAGUGGAGAACGACGUAGUUCUCAUCGGUGGGUUUGUUUGGGAUCAACGCCUGGAUAUUAGAGCAGCACUGCAAUUCCCAGUGAUGGCAGGCUUUUGCUCUCUUCCUGGGUCAUGAUGUGGCAUGGACAUGCCAGGAGGCCACAUGGAGCAGUGAGCGUUACGACCGCGAGUUUUUGCUGCGCCCGGCUGAGGGGGAGUAUUCGGCGGCGGCCGCGUAAACGCAUCGUGCCCUGUCAGAGCAGGUCCGUCUACAGCAGGAAGAGCAGACGGAUCUGGACGUCUGCGAGGAGCCAAUGGCCCAGGCAGCCCGUGGACUCCCCAGCGGGAAUAUACAUGCUGAAAAAGAGACCAAGAGCUAGACGGCAACAUUGGAGAUCUGCUCGGUGCGCUGAUUCCAAGCCCUGCACCAAAGCAGGGAGCCAUGCGUUUCAGUCAGCAGUAGAAACGCUCAGUCUAAAGGGGAGAAUUUUAGCUGAUACGUCUGUGGUGCCCUCUCCAUUUACAGCUGCCUGUCCUGAGGGGUGUCAACACAAUGCGGAUUACCUUAAUGGGGUGGUGACCCACAAUUCUUGCAUCAGUGAGCUGUCAGCCUUAGAGAACAAAACUGAGAGACUGUCACGGAGAAAGAGUUCAGAAAAGCAUCCUCCCUGGAAGAAGAGGCCGACGUUUUCCACUUACAACGAAGCGAGCACUGCAUUCCCGUUAAUGCGUUUCUCGUUUAAUGUUCAGAGCCAGUGCAGAGUCAGGAAGCCUCGCUUAGGGAGUCAGAGGAAAGCCAAGCAUCUGUACAGGAUCUCCACCCUCAGAGGCAAGAAGCUAAAGGCAGAGGUGCUGAACUACCUGUCGAGCCUGAGCACCGAAUCCAAAAGCCUGACGAAGGAGGUCAAUGGUGACGACCUGCUGAAGCUGAAGAGCAAAACCACGACUUCGUCGGCGGAGGAUGGGGUAGAGCUGACUUGGGGCGCGAUGGUGCAGGACGGCUCUGCGAGCGAGGGGCUGCCGGCUGCCGGGAACGGGCGCAGCUCCGCCAGAAAGCGUACGCCCAAGUCCUGUGACUGCUGCGGGGCUAGCUGCAAGCCCCUGGGGGCCAAAGCCCACCGAGCCGAAAAGGCUGGACAGCGCAGCCAGGGGGCCUCCAGAAGAGGCCGUAAGAAGAAGGGGGGGGAGCAGGAAGUACCAUCUGCUGAUGGUGAGACAGGCGGGGAGGCGGCAGAGCUCAAUGGCGUCACGGGCUCGGAGAGUGAACCCAGCGGCGACAUGGAGGUGGAACCGCCCACGUCAAGCCCGGAUACCUGUGCAAAUCCGCUUUGGGAUCACCACUACUGUAAGACGGAGGCCGGGAACACCGAGUCGGAGAUGGACAGCCUGCCCAGAGCGCAGCAGAGCACGGACAUCAGCAGUGAGGAAAUUACAGAGCAUAUUCAUGAUUUCCUAGAACAUUUUUAUGAAAAGUAUGGGAGUUUUAUCCCGCUGUGUGAGAGUGACGUGCUAGAGCACUUGAGCCAGAAGUUGGGCACUGAUCUUACGCACAGAAAAUCUUUCGUCCGCACGGAGGUAACGAAGUACAAAGCAGGCUUAGCGUCAGCUCCCAUGCACUAUUUCAAAGUGACCUACAACAAACACACUCUGACUCUGGAGGACCUGUCCACACUGGAUGACCAAAACUGGGUCAAUGACCAGGUCAUUAAUAUGUACGGAGAAUUAAUUAUGGAUGCUGUAAACCAGAAGGUCCAUUUCUUCAACAGCUUCUUCCACAGGCAGCUUGUGGCCAAAGGCUAUGAAGGCGUGAAGAGGUGGACCAAAAAGGUUGAUCUCUUUAGCAAAAGCCUGCUGCUGAUCCCCAUCCACUUGGAGAUCCAUUGGUCAUUGAUCACCGUGGACAUCUGCAACCAGCAGAUCAACUUCUACGAUUCCCAAGGCAUCACGUUCAAACAUGCCGUCGACAACAUCUUGAGAUACAUUUUGGCUGAAGCAAAAGAGAAGAAAUGUGCAGUGUAUCAAAAAGGCUGGAAAAUGAUUAUAAAUAAGAGUAUCCCACAGCAGAAGAAUGACAGCGAUUGUGGAGUUUUUGUUUUAGAGUACUGUAAGUGCCUGGCCAUGAAGGAGUCACUGCAGUUCACUCAGGAGGACAUGCCCAAGGUGCGAAAGAGGAUCUACAAGGAGCUCUGUGAGUGCAAGCUCAAAGAGCGAAAUCCACACGGUGCCAACUGAGGUCACCGGGCGGCAGCGCGUCCCAGCCGGACGCCAUUGUGUGGUGGUGAAGGGGUGGCUGGUGGGAAGAGAGACAAUCCGUCGUUUUUCCUAGAGCAUUCUGAGGCGUGCCGUGCCAAUCCUGCACAGGCCCUUCCUCCCGCUCUGCAGGUGGCGCUGUGGGGCGACCGCCUCGCUCUCUUCCCGUCCAGUGACUGGGCUGGCUAUAGACACUUUGGCUGCACGCCACCACACAGCAAGCGACACCUGCAGCAGUGGGGUCUCCUCACGCUGCCCGCGAGUCCUCGGCGUCGCGCGUAUCCCAAGGGGACUUCAUCCGCUGUCAAAACGCUACAGGCAAAUGGGAUAGUUGAGCUUUUACUGCUUUUAUAGCUCACCUGUCAAGUCCGUAAAAAGAAAACUUGAAACUUUUUAUAUUUCAGAGAUACAUAAUAUAGUUGCAGUUGAAAAUGAAGGGAUAACAGUGUAUGACUGAAUGUGCUGGCAAGCCGUUUAUUUUGUCAUGCAGCAGUUUCAGACGUUACCUCUGAAAUUGUAGCAGCGCAGCUGAACUGGGCCAAACUGCCCAAACAUGGACCACGACUUGUUCUUAGAGGCAGUGCCCUUAAAUAGCGUCUCGUUUGAACUUGACGCCAGUGGAACUUCUUUAGAAAAGCUUUAUGUAAACGUGUGAUGCUCCGAAAUGUCUGCAUUCCCACCUUUAGCUUCAUUUAGCUUAGUGCAUGAGAUUAGCUUCCCCAAGUAGAAGUUGACUGAUCAUUUUGUAUUAACGGCAUAAAUCUUGCUUAUCAGCUGACACUGUUAAAUUUUGUUGUUUUGGUUCUCACGAGUUUACUGAGUUUUACUUGCUAGUCUUAGUUUAUGCUGAGAGGUUACCAUCGCACAAGAGCAAGCAUGCAAGGAGUUUUAUUGUGAUUCACCAUCUUUGGGGAAAAUGUCAAGGUUUUAAUCAGGACCGCAGUGGUGAGGGGGGUGGGAGGGAGAUGUUGGCAUUGCCUGGAAGUCAAGUCAAAUAUUAUUGUAAAUAACCAGUUUCCACUCAGACUUUUCCGCUGGUAACAUUGUGGCCUUACGUCCUUUUUUAUGAAAAUCCAUGAUUUGCAAAUACAUGUUUCAUUUGCUCAGGUUUUAACCUGUAAUUGUUUGCUAAUAGCAUUAGCUUCCAGCAAAUGUGUAGCGACUGAGUUUUAACCUGCUUGUUUGAGGGAAGCUGAAUGAAUGACAUUAAAGCAUAAACUUGUCUCUUA